CCAACAAAAUUGGCGUCAACAACGGAUUGACCUGUCGGAAUGAAGCUUACCUCAGCCACCGCAUUGGCCUCCGGAAUCCAUGGAUUGAACGCCAAACGAACUCCCCUUCCUCCCUGUCUCUUCUCCUAUUUUCCUCUCUCGCUGCUUGCUCGCCCUUUCUCUUUCUCUAUAUCCCAUUUCUCAUGCUCAUCAUUUUUCAUUUUAGGGGCGGCCAGGCCCGAACAAGAUCCAUGCGAUGGUGGCCAUGUUCCUCAGCUAACGCGGCCGUCGCCGCAGCUGGCCGCCCCUUACUAGCUAGUUCAUGGCUCCACCCGCGUCCCCCCGCUCCUCCAUCUCCCCCAACAAUGAAUCCCUCGCCUCCAUAUCGUCCGGGGACAGCGAAAUCAACUGGCCCUUCGGCGCCCGCCUCGGCACACUCCGCCGCUCCGACCUCCGCGAAACCGCCUACGAGAUUUUCUUCAUGUCCUGCCGCUCGUCCCCUGGCUUCGGAAACAGGGGAGCCAUCGCCUACGUUGGAAGCUGGGGUGAUGUGGUGGAGGCCCCCUAUACGCAGCAGCCGGCGGUAGUCGGACCCAAGGGCGGCACGGGGAUGAUGGUGGUGACCAGUCGGGUGAAGAGCACGCUCGGGCUGAAAGCCCGACGGCCGCCUCCAAUGCGCGCGAUGAAUUCCUUGGCGCUGAGAUCGGUGGCAAAUCUUCAUGCCGCCAGUCCAAAUUCCCCGGGACGAAACUUUGUUCCCAGCUCUCCCGGAAGGAUCAAGCGGCCGAUGACCUCCGCCGAGAUCAUGCGGCGGCAGAUGCGCGUUACGGAGCAGAGCGAUAACAGGCUGAGAAAAAUCCUCAUGAGAAGCUUCGUCGGUCAGAAUGGGAGAAGAGCGGAGACCAUCAUCCUCCCGCUUGAGCUCCUCCGCCAUCUGAAACCAUCGGAAUUCAAUGAUAGCCAAGAGUAUCAUCAAUGGCAAAGGAGGCAACUCAAGAUCCUCGAAGUCGGGCUUCUGCUCCACCCAUCUCUUCCCCUUGACCGACUCAAUGCCGCCGCUCUCCGAUUCCGCCAAGUUCUAAUGGAUAGCGAGGUCAAGCCCAUCGAUACAAGCAAAAACUCCGACGCAAUGCGCAAUCUUAGCAGCGCCGUGACUGCUCUUGCUUGGCGCAGCUCCAAAACAUCCAGCGCCGGAAGCAUCCACUGGGCCGACGGAUUCCCCGUCAACGUUCAUCUUUACCUCGCCCUGCUUAAAUCCAUAUUCGACAUGCGCGAAGAAACCGUAGUGCUCGAUGAGGUCGACGAACUUCUAGAGCUAAUUAAGAAAACAUGGCCUACUUUAGGAAUCAACCGAAGUAUCCACAAUCUUUGCUUCACCUGGAUUUUGUUCCAGCAGUACGUCGUCACCGGGCAGAUCGAACCGGACUUGAUCAAGGCGACGUUGAACAUGUUGUUCGAAGUGGCAACCGACGUGAAGAGAGUGGUAGAUCGGGAACCGAGUUAUAUCAAGGUUCUCUCCGGCGUUCUGGUUUCGAUGCAGGGGUGGACAGAGAAAAGGCUACUGGACUACCACGAGAAUUUCGACAAGGGAACACUGGAAAACAUGGAGAAAAUUCUUUCGCUUGCGCUAUCAACAACAAAGAUCAUCGUCGAAGACCUCCCCGGGUUGGCAGGUAACACGCCGGGACUUGUAGAGAGAGAAACCUCGUCUGGCUCUGUUUCCAGCCGGGUUGAAUUCUAUAUUCAAAGAUCUCUGCGCAAUGCCUUUACGAAGGUGUUCGAGACAGGGCAUGAUCAUGUCGAUAGCAUGAUCGUGGAGGUGGACGAGGAUCCCAGCGAUAUCUUGAUCGAGUUGGCGAAAGACACGGAGGCACUCGCCGCGACGGAGAGAGAGAAGUUCAGUCCUGUGCUGCGACAAUGGUGCCCGGCGGCCACCGGAAUAGCGUUGGUGACGUUGCAUAAUUGCUUCGGAGUUGUACUGAAGCAAUAUCUUGCUAAGGUGAAUAGCCUCACCAACAACCUUGUGCGCGUUCUCCAUUGCGCCAGCAGGCUUGAAAAGCUGCUAAUUCAGAUGGUCGGUGAAGACGCUGCAGAUAACGAUGAUGGAAACAAGAAUAAUCUUCUUAGAGAGAUGGUUCCGUACGAGAUCGACACCAUUGCUGUUGGACUCUUGAAGACUUGGGUGGAUGAGAGGCUUCGGAUUGGGAGGGAGAGUGUUAAACGAGCCAAAGAAACAGAGAACUGGAUGCCGAAAUCGAAGAGCGAGCCAUUCACACUGUCGGCGGUGGAUCUGAUAAAAUUGGCGAAGGUGACCGUCGAUGAAUUCUUCCAGAUUCCGAUGACGGCGAGAGAUGAAAUGGUGCACGAUUUGGCCGAGGGGCUUGAAGCGAUCUUCAAGGAGUAUGCCACCUUCGUUGCUUCAUGCGGGAAUCGGCAGAGCUACGUGCCGUUGUUGCCGCCAUUAACGCGAUGCAAUCAGGACUCGAAAUUAACGAAGCUGUGGAAGAAAGCGAAGCCGUGCACAGCUGGAAUGGACAACGGACAGGCCGUGGUCGGCGGUGUAGGCCCGGCUGCGGGAACUCCGGCGGGAGAAACCCACCACCCACGGCCGUCGACGAGCCGAGGAACGAAGCGGCUGUAUAUCCGAAUUAACACUCUCCACUACCUUCAUUCUCACAUUCACUCCCUCGAUAAAUCCCUCACCUUCUUCUCCCGCGGCGGAGCAGCCUCCGCCUCCGCCCACCCAGGUCCUUCCCCCAUACUCCGCAAACACCACCACCAGCUUCAAGGCAACCGCCGAUUAACCCCCGCGACCCACUUCGAUCUCAUCCGCGCCUCAAUUCAGGUCGCCAUCCAGCGCGUUUCCGAGGUCGCCGCGUACCGCCUCAUCUUCCUCGACUCCGGCCACUCCUUCUACGGUGGCCUCUACAUCGACGACGUCAGUAGAUCAAGAAUCCGACCAACAUUGAGGAUUCUAAAGCAGAACCUCAAUCUUCUCCUGACACUGCUAACCGACCGAGCGCAGCAAACGGCGGUUAAGGAGGUGAUGAGAGCGACAUUCGAAGCGUUCUUGAUGGUGCUCUUAGCCGGAGGAUCAGAGCGAGCUUUCGUCCGAACAGAUUACGAGAUGGUGAUGGAAGACUUUCGAAACUUGAAAAGAGUGUUCUGUGCCUCCGGCGAGGGGUUAGUGUCGGAAGACGUGGUGGAUCGGGAGGCGAGAGUCGUGGAAGGCAUCGUUGGACUAAUGAGCUUACCGACGGAGAGGAUCAUCGAGGAUUUCACCAUUCUCGCCUGUGAAUCCAGCGGCGUGAGCAGUCUUGCCGAAGGGCAGAAAUUAAUUCUGCCGCCGACCACCGGAAGGUGGAGCCGAUCAGAUCCUAAUACUGUGCUUAGAGUCAUCUGUCACCGGAACGAUGACAUGGCUAAUAAUUUCUUGAAGAAGACUUUUCAGUUGCCUAAGAGAAGAUGA